AAAAUAAUAAACUCCUGAAUCUGGAAACUGAUAGUAUUAGACGGGAGUUAUUACAAGAAAUUAAAAUAUAAAACCAACUACUGAAAGGAUUUUCAUAUUUAUGAGCAAAUAAAUUUUACCAAAUGUAAAUAUAAGAGGAACUAAUAUUGCUAGUUUUAAUAUAAUUAAUAGUCUUAUGUGGCUAAGAAAUAAUAUAGUUAUAUCGAUUUAGUAAUAAUGAUUUGAUAGAAAAAUAAGAAACAUAGAAAAAUUAAAAUUUUAGAAAAGUUGAUUUAGAUUUUGUAUUAAUAAUGAUGGGAGGUUGUGAAUUUAAUGAUUGAAACAAAGAAGACAUGUAUUUUAGAUAAGAAGACAUUAUUAAGGAAAGGGAAUAAAUAGAAGUAG